AUGUAACCAUUUUCAUAGGAGAUUAAAACUAAUCCCUCCUUUAUCUAUGGAUAAAUGGUUAACAUCUCUCUCUAUCUGGCCAACCCCUUUUUCUUUUAGGUUCUGUAACAAAUUCCAUUGCCACCCUUCCUUUGUUGAUUUCCUUUUGGGGAAGAAUUUCCCAGAAAACAGUAUUCUGCGAAGAGGUUCCUGGAAAACAAUAUUCUUCCUUUUCUUUCCAUUAAUUAUUUCAGCUGAGGUAGCAUGGAUUCCAUGAGAGGUCAAGGAGGCAUUCAGAUGCUGCUAACUGCAGAACAGGAAGCACAGCACAUUGUUUCUGCUGCUAGGAACUUGAAGAUGACAAGGUUAAAGCAAGCUAAACAUGAAGCUGAGAAAGAAGUGGCAAAUUAUCGCUCUCAUAUGGAGUCAGAGUAUCAAAAGCAACUAACUGAGACAAGUGGGACUUCUGGGUCUACUGUGAAAAGGCUUGAUGAAGAAACUGAAGUAAAGAUUAACAAGUUAAAGGAAUCAGCCACAAAGGUGCAGCCAGACGUUGUUGCCAUGCUGUUGAAGUAUGUUACAACUGUUUAGCAUUUGAUGCUUCCAAGGUUUAUUUAGAAUUUGGAGAGCAUAGAUAUCACUGACUCGCAGUGACAGAAGCCAUAGCUAACUCACCAAUUCUUUAUAUUAAAUUUGCAUUCAGCUUUCUCUCUGCUUAGAAAUUCUUUAGUAACCAACAGUAGAGCUGCAAAGCUUGGUUGAGAAUUUUUAUUGAGAACAUAUGUUUUGCCUUAUUGCAGAUUUUUAUAUUUUUAUCAUUUGAAGUACAAAUUCCAUGAGAGUAUUUUUCUUUA